AUGUCUAAAAAAACAAUUGUUUUUGCUUUACUUAUUGUCUCGAUUGUUUUAUGUGUUAUAACUUUAGGUUUAUCACUUUCACAAAUUAAAGAUAAAUAUAAAAAUGCUAUUGCUUUGGGAGAUUGUAAUGAUGUACCUAAUCCAUUCAAGUUAGUUAGUAAAGAUAACGCUGGAUCAUAUAUUAUUUGUAAUUGGGCAAGCUCGAGAAGUGCUGUUAGAUUAUUAUACCUAUUUAUCUUUAUUAUUUUGUCUUCUUUGUCUCUUUUUUCAAUUGUUGGGAAAUCAAAGCAAUUAUUAUUUGUUUUAAGUAUAGCCCUAUUAGUUAUAGGUGCAUUUGGUAUCUUUAGUUUCGCCUAUGACGCCAAAGCAAUAACAGAUUCAAGAAAAUACUGUAAAUCUAUAAAGGACUUAGGAAAUGCUAAAUGUGUCUAUGACAACUUCAACGCAACCAUCACUUUUAAUAUAUUCACCGCUAUUUCAAUUAUUGCCACCGGUGUUUUUUCAGCUAUUUUUAGAAAUUCAAUGUUUGAAUAA